GAAGGCAGUGUCCCGAUUUUCUAGCUCAGACAGACUCCCACAGGGAUUACAUAGUGAUAAUCUCUCCUCAGACAGGGAUUGUGCCCUAGCGGUGUGACCAGCAGCAGCACACAGCCUCCCUCCCUCCCGGCCUGGCUGCAGCUCAGUGAUGAUGAUGAGCCAGGAGGCUGGGGCUGGAAGUGACGACAUUCCGGGGUGGCCCGUGCUCUCGCUCGCUUGCGGGUGUGUGUGUGUGUGAGAACCAGGGGGAGACCCAUUGAAAGAAUACUAGCAGCUGCCACCACCGCCAUCUAGGAGGGGAGGCCGCCCGCGCCGGGUACAGCCAGCAUGUCUAUGGAGGAUCCGUUCUUCGUGGUGAAAGGGGAGGUCCAAAAAGCUGUGAAUACCGCCCAGGGUUUAUUCCAGCGAUGGACAGACCUCCUACAGGACCCUUCCAUUGCUACUAGAGAGGAGCUGGACUGGACCACCAAUGAGCUGCGGAACAACCUGAGAAGCAUCGACUGGGAUCUUGAAGACCUUGAUGAGACCAUCAGUAUUGUGGAAUCCAAUCCCCGCAAGUUCAGUCUGAAUCCAGUGGAGAUGAAGCAGAGGAAAGCUUUCAUCAGCGAGACUCGCCAGUGUGUCAAGGAAAUGAAGGAUCAGAUGACCAGUCCAUCUGUUCAUGCCUUAGCUGAAAAAAAGAACCGGCAGGCUCUCUUAGGAGAAGGGACAAAACAGGGAUGGAAUACUGAGCCAGACAAGUACAAAAGGCUGGACAACGAUAUCCAGUCUGCAAACUCCCAGUUUCUGGACGGGCAAGUUGUGCAGCAGCAGAUGAUUCUGGAGCAACAAGAUGAGGAGUUAGAGCUUGUAUCCGGCAGCAUUGGAGUGCUAAAGAAUAUGUCACAGCGUAUUGGCAAUGAGCUGGAUGAACAAGCAGUGAUGCUGGAUGACUUCUCACAUGAACUGGACACUGCGCAGUCUCGCAUGGAUAAUGUUCUGAAGAAACUGGCAAAGGUGUCGCACAUGACCAGCGGUUGUGUUCCCUCCUGCAGAUCGGCGGCAGUGGUGUGCCAUUGUUGUGCUGCUUGCACUGCUCCUGGUUGUGCUGAUCUUGUAUUUUACAUUGUGACUUGCACAUUACAUUGGGACUUUUCAUAAUGCAUUUCCCGUUAUCCCAAUGAAAAAGGAUGUUUUGCCGUGUGAAGUGGCAUUGUCGUGACAAAUGGGCAUUUUGUGAUGUUUGUACCAUUGUGGCUACAAGCCAUAGCGUCAUCUACAGACUGCUCAGAACUCUACGGUAUCCCGGCUUUUGGCCGCACCUAUCGCCCAGAGUGUUCUGCCCUGAGGUUUCCUGAUGCCCUCCUGGGCUGUUUACACACUGGAUUACUGUUGCAGUGUUUCCUUGAUCACCGUCUGCCUCAUUCUCUCUUCCAAAGGAGCCUUGUCUUAAGCUUGCCUAUCCACCGGAUCAGAAGCAAAGGAAAGACUGUGGACAUUUGGCCGCAUGUGUGCAGCUUUGUUCUGGGAAACAAAACCACAUGGGAUUUGCUGGCACUGCAAAGCAGUCUGGUUCAUAGCGAUCUUAAUUCUUGGCAUCUGGAAUACAUUAUAGAUCUGCUCCUGUUUCUGGGAGAAUCUAGCACGAACACUGCUGCAAGAUGUUUUAAAGAAACAACAGUGUGGCUGAUUGGCUUUAUUUUUGCAAAACUGUAUAGGAGGCUGUAGAACAAUACCACAUUCAUAUUACUGUAGCUUGUAGUAAAUCUGUGGUUAAAGGGCCCUUCGUCUGCUGAAGAGCCUGGUUUCUCAGAGUCCCUGGCUGCAGAAGAAAACCUUCUUCCCAGUAUAUUGGAAGGAAUUCACAAUGCAUUUUAAAAUUGCUACAAAUCAGUCUGGAAUUCAUUGGAACAUUUUUUCAUCCUGAUUUUUCUUUAUUUUAUAACUGAUUAUCAUGAAACAGUAUCAGGCGGACACUUAGGCUCUGGAACAGCAUCCGGAGAUAACAAGGGCAUGCCACUGUGUGAACAGUUACAGUUCUAAUAACUGUAUCAUAGAGACUUGUGAAUAGGACUGAAUCUGUGUGCUCACUACUGAACCUGUUUUUAUAUAUGUGUCGAUGAUAGGCUGGCCUAUGUGUUGUACUGUAUUUCCCCGCAGCCCCUCACCCACCCAUAUCCCUGUCUUUUGUACGGCCCUUCUGUCUGUUGCCUGCCUUGUGUCUAUAUCCCUUUGUUUUCCUGAAUGCAGUCUGUUCCUGUCUGUUUGUACCAUAUGUGAUGUAAUUACCCACAUUCUAUUGAACCAAACACUAAAUAUAUUCCAAAUGCUGUGAACUGUAUUGGAACGUUGGCAGUAAUCUUUAUGUAAAUCUGUUUUGAGCCAUUGUAUAUGGGGAGGGACAUUUCUAUCUGUUUGAAACAAACCACAGACUGAAGCUGGUUACAAACUAGGCGAUUUUUAUUAAUGAUAUGAUAGAUGACGACAUUUCUGAACGAUAUUGUACAGUGUGUAUGCACUAUUUUGUGAACGAUGUGCGCUCCCGCAGGUCAUUGACGAGGUCUUCCAUCGUCUGUACACGCAGGCCAAUUUUUUUGACGAUAUUGGAGCAGAUGUAUUAAGCCUGGAGAGGUGAUAAAGCAGUGAUAAGCGCAGGGUGAUAACGCACCAGCCAAUCCACUCCAAUAUGUAAAUUGACAGUUAGGAGGUGAUUAGCUGGUGCAUUAUCCCCUUUCACUUAUCACUGCUUUAUAACUUCUCUAGGCUUAAUGCAUCUGCCCCAUUAUUUGAUACUGUAUGUUAGGGGCAAUGGUGAGAUGAUGUCACUGAACGAUAUCAUUAGCGAAAUCAUUGUGUAUAUGCACUGUGUCAUUUGCCCGGGAGUUCACGGCCAAACACUGACAAUAUCGCUCAUGGGGCAUGUCGCCUUGUGUGUACCCAGCUUAAGGCAGGGUACACAUUACAGCAACCAGGAUGGGGGCUGACAAGACAACCAAUGUAAGGAUACAUCAGUUGCCCAUGUAAAACGAUAUAGCGCAUGACUGAUGUGGGCAAUAUUGUCACUCCCUUCCGUGGGUAUCGGACAUAUCGUCUGUGUCCCCACCCUGAGAGGCGCACGUGCUGAUGAAAGUUCUUUUUGUAUUUUUUUAAAUACUAUUUCAGUAGGAACUACCACAGUACUGCGCUUUGUGGUAGAUUAAUCUAGGUGACAUAGCUUGGUGCUGGAAGGCUGUUAUGAGUACAGUGUGCAUUUAUUUAGGGUAGAAACAACCAAUUCUUAGUGAUAAGUCAGUGUGAUGAGACUGUGAAAGCACAAAUUGCCGCACUUGGUAAAAUAUAGCCUUUCCUAUAAACACUAUAUGGCCUAAACCUUGGAAUCACUAGUAAAGGGUUAAGAAUCACUAUGAUUAUUUCAAUAUGCCUAGCUGGAAAGGACAGUACUCUGCUACAGAUGAAGGGGGCAGUUCAGUUCUCCGCUAUGUGCCGCCGGAACAGUUGAGAAGGCAUUCCUUGGGCCAUGUAUCUAUGCGUAUUUUCCUUGCAUCCCGUAGAGGUACAGCGUAGAAUGAAAGUAACAUAGUGGAGAAUUGAAUUUCCCUAAAGUACUCUCCUUUACCUAACACUACAGUAUUUGUUCUGUGGACAUAUAACGCUGCUGAAAACAUGCGGUUGGAAUUACACGGCUCCAGCUGGCAUAGUGAGCACUGCGCCUGCAGGUAAUACAGGUGUAGGUUCUUCCGGUGACCUCUUGUAUGUUUCCAUAUCAUGCACAUAUUAUUUUUGUAUGUUUGUAGUCUGUGAAUUUCCAGAAAGCUCAAGUGAUUAAAUAAAUGAAAUUUCUUUUACAUA